AUGCGGUUCUCUUCCACCACAUUGAUCGCCGGCCUCGUGGUUGCGAGUGUCGACGCGAGGGGCGUGAACAUCGAAAACCUCGAUAAGCGAGCAACGCCUACUGUCUACCUUGCCGGUGACAGCACCACAGCCAAGACCGGGGGACUUCUCAUGGGAUGGGGUGAAUACCUUCCCCCUCUCCUCACCGGCAUCACCGUCGUCAACAAGGCCAUUUCCGGCCGCUCUGCCCGCUCCUACACCAAUGAAGGCCGCUUCACCGAGCUCACCAAUCUCGUAAAAACCGGCGACAUUGUCGUGAUUGAGUUUGGCCACAACGACGGCGGCUCGCCCAACUCGGCCUCCGACAACGGCCGCUCCGACUGCCCAGGCACCGGCUCCGAAGUGUGCACCUCGGGCAAAACCGGCGAAAAAGUCUACACAUUCAACUACUACGUCGAGACGGCCGCCAAAGCGCUCAUCGCCAAGGGCGCCUCCGUCAUCUUCUCCUCGCAGACGCCCAACAACCUCUGGGAGGGCGGCGUCUACGGCGGAUACGGAACCCCCGUGCGGUUCGUCGGGUAUGCGAGCCAGGCGGCCAAGAACCUUGCGAGCACUACGGGCAAGGCCAGCUUCGUGGAUCACUAUCAGGCCGUGGCCAAUAUGUAUCUGAAGCUGGGCAGCACCAAGACGAAUAGCCUGUAUCCGAGCGAUCAUACGCAUACGAGCCCCGAGGGAGCGGAUCUGGUGGCCAAGGCGUUUGCGCAGGCGGUUAAGUUGGCGUGGAAUGGGACGACGCCGUUGCAAGGGUUUUUGAAGGCGGGGAAUCCUAAUGUGUUUUAG